CCUUCCUCUUCCUCUAUACACGACAGAAAUAUAACUCGAGGCUCUGCUUCGUUUCCUCACUAUACUCUGUUCUAGAGUGGUGCAGAGCAAUGGUGUUUCCAUUGCUAUUUGCUAUCCUGGCAUGUAUCCUCCGGGCGCCGUCGGCGGCCUUGGCGGCGGGGAGCUCGCCGGAGAUGCUGGCGCUCCUUGCAUUGAAGUCCUCGGUUUCGGAUCAUUCGAGCUCUCUGGCAAGUUGGAAUCAAUCAUUCUCUCACUGCGUUUGGAUCGGCGUCAUCUGCGAUGAGCAAGAACGAGUCAUUUCCCUCGAUUUGACUGGUAUGAACCUCUCCGGCAUUCUCUCUUCCGCCGUCGGCCGCCUUCACGACCUCCUCAACUUUUCUGCUGCCGUCAACUCGUUCUCGGGACCCAUCCCACCGGAACUCUCCCGCGCUUCUAAUCUCCGGUAUCUAAACCUCUCUAACAACAUCUUCAAUGGCAGCUUCCCCUCCCCACUGUCACGACUCAAGAACCUUCGAGUCCUCGAUUUCUACAACAACAAUCUCACUGGCACCCUUCCGCUCGAGGUCACCGAGCUCCUCAACAUUCGCCAUCUACACCUCGGGGGUAAUUUCUUCUCCGGCGUCAUUCCGGCGGAGUACGGUGGGUGGGAGUUUAUAGAGUAUCUCGCCGUAUCCGGGAACGAGCUCGGAGGCAGGAUUCCUCCGGAGAUCGGCAAGCUGAACCGAUUACAGCAGCUCUACCUUGGAUAUUUUAACAGCUAUGAGGGGGGUAUACCACCGGAGCUCGGGAAUCUCACGAACCUAGUUCGACUGGACAUGGCUAACUGCGGCCUUUCCGGCAGGAUUCCGUCAGAGAUUGGCAACCUUGUGAACCUCGAUACACUUUUCCUGCAGGUUAAUGGCCUUGCCGACGAGAUUCCGUCGGAGCUCGGUCGGCUCCAGAGCCUCAAAUCAAUGGAUCUUUCCAACAACGCGCUCACGGGGGAGAUACCGAAGUCGUUCGCCGAGCUCAGGAACCUCACGCUGUUGAAUCUAUUUCGGAAUAAUCUCUACGGAGCCAUCCCGGACUUUAUCGGCGAUCUCACGGAGCUGGAGGUGCUCCAGCUCUGGGAGAACAACUUUACCGGAAGCAUUCCAAGGCUGCUAGGCCGGAACGGCCGACUCAUGCUUCUUGAUAUAUCUACCAACAAGCUCACCGGCGAUCUUCCUGCCGAUUUAUGCUUCGGUAACAAAUUGCAAACCCUGAUCGCUCUAGGCAACUUCCUUUUCGGCCCCAUACCGGACUCUCUCGGCCGUUGCUUGUCCCUAAGCCGAAUCCGUAUGGGUGAAAACUACCUCAAUGGAUCAAUUCCCAAUGGCCUUUUCGGCCUUCCGAAUCUCGCGCAGGUUGAGCUUCAGGACAACCUUCUCACCGGUGUAUUCCCGGAGACGGAAAGUUUCCACAUAUCGCCGAUUCUCGGACAGAUUAGCAUCUCCAACAAUCGUCUCUCUGGACCUCUACCUCGGUCUAUCGGCAAUUUUUCUGGUAUCCAGAAGCUUCUGCUCGACCAGAACCUCUUCUCUGGCAGCAUCCCGCCUGAAGUUGGUCAGCUGCAGCAACUCUCCAAGUUGGAUUUCAGCGGAAACAGUUUCUCUGGCCGGAUUCCCCCUGAGAUUAGCAACUGCAAGCUUCUUUCAGUUAUUGAUCUCAGCCGGAAUAAUCUCUCCGGCGAGAUCCCGGCGGAGAUAACCAGGAUGCGCAUCUUGAAUUACCUCAAUCUUUCAAGGAACCACUUGGAAGGCAGCAUUCCAUCUUCCAUUUCCACGAUGCAGAGCCUCACAGCAGUCGAUUUCUCUUACAAUAACCUCUCUGGUCUCGUCCCUGCCACUGGUCAGUUCGGCUACUUCAAUGCCACAUCCUUCACGGGCAAUCCAGAUCUUUGCGGUCCUUAUCUUGGCCCAUGCAGUUCUGGUUUUGCGGAAACUGGAAGCUCCAGCCAUACACAUGGACUUUCCUCCUCCUCCAAGCUAAUCUUAGUCAUAGGUCUCCUCCUCUGUUCCAUCGCCUUCGCCAUUGUUGCCAUCUUAAAAGCGCGGUCAAUAAAGAAGGCAAGCGAAGCCCGUGCUUGGAAGCUAACCACCUUCCAGCGCUUGGACUUCAACUGCGACGACGUGCUGGAUUGCCUCAAGGAGGAAAACAUCAUCGGAAAAGGUGGAGCUGGCAUUGUGUACAAGGGCGUCAUUCCAAGCGGAGAGCAGGUGGCCGUAAAGCGGCUCCCGGUAAUGAGCAGGGGAACAGCGCACGAUCAUGGCUUCUCUGCUGAGAUCCAAACGCUUGGACGAAUUCGACACCGACACAUUGUGAGAUUGCUCGGUUUCUGUUCAAACCAUGAAACAAAUCUUCUUGUAUACGAGUAUAUGCCCAAUGGUAGCCUUGGAGAGGUUCUUCAUGGCAAGAAAGGUGGCCAUUUGCACUGGGAUCUUCGGUAUAAGAUUGCCGUGGAAGCAGCGAAGGGUCUCAGCUAUCUCCACCAUGAUUGCUCUCCUCUGAUCAUUCACCGCGAUGUCAAAUCAAAUAAUAUACUGCUAGACUCAAAUUUUGAAGCCCAUGUUGCAGAUUUUGGACUGGCUAAGUUCCUUCGGGAUUCCGGCACCUCCGAAUGCAUGUCUGCCAUUGCCGGCUCUUACGGCUACAUUGCCCCAGAGUACGCAUACACACUGAAAGUGGACGAGAAAAGCGAUGUGUACAGUUUCGGCGUGGUUCUGCUUGAGCUCGUAACUGGUAGAAAACCAGUGGGGGAAUUCGGGGAUGGAGUAGACAUUGUACAGUGGGUUAGGAAGGUGUCCGACUCAAACAAAGAUGGGGUGAUCAAAAUUCUGGACCCAAGGCUUCCUGCAGUUUCCAUGCAGCAAGCAACGCAUGUAUUCUCUGUUGCAAUGCUCUGCGUUUCUGAGCAGAGCAUGGAGCGACCGACGAUGAGGGAGGUCGUUCAAAUCCUCGCGGAUGUGCCCAGCCCUCCAUUGAAGCCGGGGGAGGAGUCCUCAAACAGUUCGACUAGUGAUCCGCCAAGAGCAGAUGGCUGGGCUAUUGAUGGUGCUGAAGAAGAAGAGGGGGAUGAUAAAAAGUUACAUCAUGGUGAUCUGCUGAGUAUGUGACUAAGAUUGGAGUUGAGAUGGACUGGGUUCUGAUUGGAUCUCUGUAUGGGAGGAAAAAGAACUAGGCGCUUUGCUAUGAGCAGUAAAGUUGUUAUUUUGAUGUCUGAAUUUAGAAAUGCUGGUGGUUUCUUUCUGGUGCGGAAAGUUUUGGCUUCUUGCUCAUGUGCAUCAUUAAUGGAGGUUGGUAACUUGUUUUUAUGCUAUUUAGUUUACCAGAAGGCUUUUAAUAUAUUUGGCUUCUAAUGUUUUUUCAAAUUUAUCUAGCCGAAUUUUCGCGUGGGGGCUUUCUUCUGUCAAAAUUCAAAUUGGGUAACUGGCAAGAUUUCAUUGGGUUGAUUAGAUUUUUUUUUAUAUCAAAAGAAAUGUUAUGGUCCAUGCUAACCAAUUUUGCACUGAGAUAUAUUAUUAUAUCCGGCUGAUCACAUGUCUGGACUGGACGAUGAUCUAGUGUCCACACUGUCUUGGAUCGCAUGGUAGCCCAUUCAGAUCAUCAUUCGGACGUGCAGUCGACACAUAAUAAUUUUUUCAGUUUUCAAGAUGUUUAUCUUCUAUGUAUUCAAAAUGGUAGAGUGAU